AAACAAACCUCCAAAUGGCACGAUCUGUCACACAUCGACAUGCAGACAUACCUUUCUGCCCAUGCUACCACACCUAUAUCUCGUUUUGCACGGUCCACGACAAAGGCCCACGCUGCCCGUAGCACGGAAGCUAAUGCAAGCUUGACAUAUGAUUUAUCUCAUCUGGAAGAAGGAGAGCGUAUUGUGAAGUUAACGGGACUCCUAGAGGCAAAGGACCAAGAAAUUGCAGAUCUGAAGAGGAAGCUAGCUGCACGAAAGUACGAUGCUGCUUGGGACCGCGUGCGUCAAGCUGGUUCACCGGUAUCGCCAUCGCGAGGAGAAACUUCAACUUCUCCUUCACCAAUUCCCAUACAAUACACGAACGCUGAGCAACCCAAGGAAGUAUCCGCCGACACUCGUACCUCUUCUCCAGAAGGCAAAAAGGGUUGCACUGAUGAGCGAUAUGAGGAGACGCCAGUUGUCGUACGAAAUUUCUUUGCCCAUGCCGCUGGAGGACCUAAGGAACAUGACACUCCCGACAGCGGCAGCCAAGCACCCUCUAGUGACCCACGGAAAGAUUAUCGCAGACUUUUAUUUGCCAUGAAGCAGAAGAUCAAGCAGCUUCAAGAGCGUCUUGAACAGGUGCAGGCGACGGCGACGGCCGACAAGGAAGCCUUUAACCUGCAGUUGCGAAUGGCGCAAGAACUUGCUGAAGCCAAGGAUCUGCGAUUGCGUGCCUAUGAAAGUCUUGCAAGACGCACUGCUGGUGCUGAAUAUGUUCAUCAGAAUUCUAAGAGUGAAAUCACAACGGAUAAGAAUCCGCAUUUAGACCCGGAACUGGCAAAGGCUAAAGAUAAUGUCAUGCAGGACUUGAUAAAGGAACGGGACAAGCGUUGCAAAGCGUCUGAAGCAACAACACAGACUGAGGAAAGCGAUGCAAGUGAGAGCUUUUGGCGUGGCCCUAGGGAAUUAAUUCAAGAAGAGUAUGAAGAGCUUAGACAACGUCUCCAUGAGCUAGCGGAUUCAGUCCAUCGAUCGAUUCUCUCCGACGUGGCUUCCGACGAGCGAUUGUACGGAGAAUCUUCUCCAUCUGCCGAUCACGUUGGAACAGCUGCAAGGACACAGCCAAUAUCACCUCCACCGAACCCUCCAUCCAGGUCAGCAUCACCCUCCACCAAAAUCGCUGCUCUUGCGUCUGCCUUUAGCACACUCCAUGCGGCCCUGACUCAUUUGUCGCAGACCUGUAACUCCACAAAUGAACGUGCAGGCAAAGCUCGUUCUGAACUGCGUCGCACAGUAGGUGCUCUGAAACGCGCUAGGGAGGAUCUUGUAAUGGCCGAAAAGGUGAGAGGCACUCUUGUGGAAAGAGAGAACGAGCUCAGGCGGCAAAUCGAAGAACUUGAAAGAAAGUUAAGGAUGCAAGAGCGGAAUUUACAGGUUACCGAAAAACUUGUGUCCAACCAUGGUCGUCAGAUGGAAGUCCGGCAGAAAGAAGGCGCCGCGCAGGCUGUACGGAACGCGGCAUCUAGCCGGGUAGACGCGAAAGACAUGGCAGAUAGCCAGGAGCGCGUAUACCAGAGAGAUAUGCACAAAGGAUUUUCCAAGGCAUUUGCAAAUGGCACCUGAACGAUGACGGAACAUGAGAAUCCCACGGCGGCGACACACCAAAUAGAUUCUUCAUUCAUCGCAACGCCAAGCCAGCAAGCGUUCACAACUAUGCUACUGCUACAUAAGGUCGCAAUACCUACAUCCGCACCGAACACAUUUACUCGACAGCAAACUCGUCUAAUCACGGCUUGCUGAGCGUGUUCCUGAUCGCGAUCGUGAGCGAGAAACGUCGUCCCGACGAUCCUUGGCAAAUUCACGGUGUCCAUUCCGUUCGUUAUAGCCGCUCUUCGCGUCUUUGUGACCCCUUGCAGGAGAUCGUGAGCGAGACCUCGAGCGCGAUCGUGAGUAUCUGCGGCGAUAGGAGCGUGCUGGCGAUCUGGAUCUAGACCUUCGCCGACGCCGUGGGGAAGGAGUUCUGCGGGUUUUGAUGGCAAGGUUAGGUACACUGUAAACAUUGGACUGAUUUGUAAAUAUAAACAAGAUCCGUACCCUCCUCGUGGCCUAUAUCUGGAGGGACGGGGGCCCCGCC